GCACGGAUGCGUUGAUCUCUGAAGUGAAGGCUCCAGUGGCGACGAUGAAUGGCUCCCUCACAUCGGUCACGGCACAGAUCCCCGACCUUGUAUCUCACAAGGAUUUGCAGGCGGCGGCGCAUGGGGCGCGUGCCGAGCUCAUCAAGGCGAUGCGGUGUCGGUUGGCUGCCUCUCCGCGCAUCUGCGCUGGUGCGUCGCAGCCCCCCGCGGUCUGCGCGCGAGCAUUCGGGGUCCGAGCCGUGCUCCCCUGUCCCGUGCUCUCCUCCGUCUUCCACGUGGACGCUGGCGCCCUCGUCAACCCUUCUGGCCUGUGCGCGCGGAUGGCAGCGUUGAGCAAUCUACGCUUGGACUCUGCAGAAGAGGUCAUCCCGCAGGAUCGACGGGAGGCCGCUCCGCUGCUCGCGGAUUUCACGGCCGCUCUCCACAGUCUGCUGAUCGCAGGGGCUCUGGUCGUGCUGGGGCACAUGGGCAUCUCCGCCUGGGUUGACCUCGUGGGUGCCGGUCUAUCGGAGUCGAUUGUCGCCAGCAACAGUAGGGCUGUCCUUGCGCUCGGCUACGCGCUGCAACUCCAGCGCCCCAACACGCGUCUGUUCCAACUUGAAGAUAGGGCGUUACAGGCAAUCCAGAAUGGCCCCCGGGACAGCUUCAGUUGCAAGAUGAAGCGCAAGUGCAGGGUUGUGGACUUCGGCCCGUUCUCGCUCUCGGUGCAGGCGCUGUCACCCGCAGUGGUGAACAAGGGCGGCGUGCGCAGGACCAGGCACAGGCCUCAGCUGAAGGAGGCCGUCGGCAUGCAGCGCAGUCCCCAGCCAACCGCGGAAGGUGGACCACAACCUGCUGGCGACGGGGACAUUCGCCAGUACGUGGACGCCACAAAGAAUACCCUCAUGGAGGCCAUCCAGAGCAUCCAGUCCUCGGUCGCCACCCUCGCUGGCACGGUGCAGACGUCUUGUGAGUCCCUCGGCGAGCAGAUGGAACGUCGACUGGCAUCCGUGGAGACCACGAGCAGAGCCCAGGGCCAACGCAUCACAGUCUUGGAGGAUAAGAUCACGCGCUUGGAGGAGUUGCUCGGCAUCAUGCAGUCCGAGCGCCCGUCCAUCCAGCCGAUCCCAGAUGCUGACUUCAUGCGUGAGCCUGACCCGACCAUCAUCGUGGCCAGGACGAAGAACAUGGUGCAGCAAAGUGAAGUCAGGAACACACUGGAUGGAUGGUUCCAGCAGUUUCAGGUCCCGAACGAGGAGGUCCGCAUUGAGAGCGAUCCCUCGGACACCAAGUUCGUCAUCCGCUUCCUCGGCAACGGCAACCUCGCGGCCAAGCGAGUGGCGAAGGCGAUCUCUCUACUCCGUGGGCGUGACGGGUCUUGGCAGAGGUUCACGGUGCGGGACCCCAUGGGCCACGUCCAGGAGCUGUACCUGUCCCUGGACAAAAGCCCGUGCAUGGUCAAGACAGAGAUCUCGCUCAAACGUGCACGCAAAGUUUUGGAGUCGAUCUAUGGCGCUCACCCGCACAACAUUAAAUUCUUCACGGACAAGUCCCAGGGCACGAUCUCGGCGCAAUGGAAGCAGUUGCUCAGGAUCACAGUCAGCGGCCCAGGGGUGCAGCCCACGGUCGAGUAUGCUGACGACCACUUGCAAGAGCUUGGCAUGGUCAAGGUGCACGGCUUUCCUGAAGUUAUGCGCCAGCUUGAGCUGUCCGACAACGCAGCAGUCUCGACGGUGAUGAACCCCAGGGACCCUCUCAAGCCCGAAGAUAGGCUCUGGUCUCCCUUUGAUCGCCGGCUGGUGCUGCAGGGAGUGCGGCAUCAAGGCCAGGUUCUCACAGCGCCCGAAGCGAUGCUGGGCGCGCUGUCAUCGCACUGGGGGAAGAUCUUCAGUGCGAAGCAGGUGGAGGUCCAGAAAGCUGCCGAAUUUGUCGAAAAGUACGGCCCCGAGGUUGACCUCAUGAACCUCCUGCCCCCGUCCCUGGCCACGGUCUCUAGGGUGCUCCGGAAGGACACCUUUGAAGAGAGAGUUGCCCCAGCUGCUGGAUCGACGAAGAGCUCCAACACGCUCAGGCCCCUCGGCGCGGCCGACGCCCGACAGGCCAGACAGGCCCAGGCUGCCCUGCGGGAGAGCGACGAGGGCGAGGAGUACGCCUUCACGGAGGACAGCUCCUCAGCGGCGGGCAGCCCGCCCCCGCCCGAGGACCGGCGCGGCGGGGCGCAGGCGGAACAGGGGCCCGCCGCAGCCCCCGCGCCCCGGAGCGACGGCGCCGAGGCGCAGCCAGCGGACGGCCUCGCUGGAGACGGCGCCCUGCGCGCGACGGCCAUCGGCUCCAGGGGUGGCGGGCCCCGUGCGCCGCUGCAGCGGGCGCGGCGCCUUCGCGAG